AUGGCAUCACAAAUAUCAAAAUCCCUUUUUAAAGUGUCCCACGUUAGCUCGACUGUAAAAUUCGACACGGCAAGACGAGCUCUGAGCGUAGGGGCCGCCCUUCAGCAGAAGAAGACCUUACCUGACCGCACUGGCAAGAAUGUAGUGUUGGUUGAUGGUGUACGAACACCAUUUUUGGUGUCCUUCACUGACUAUGCUAAAAUGAUGCCACAUGAACUCGCCAGACAUUCCUUAAUGGGUCUUCUUCAGAAAACUGGAAUCUCAAAGGAAGUGAUUGAUUACAUUGUAUAUGGCACUGUCAUUCAAGAGGUCAAGACCUCCAACAUUGGUCGUGAGGCUGCACUAGCGGCAGGCUUCAGCGACCGUACUCCGUCUCACACGGUCACCAUGGCUUGUAUAUCCUCUAACCAGGCCAUUACUACAGGUGUGGGAAUGAUAGCAGCAGGCGCCUUUGACGUAAUUGUAGCUGGUGGCGUUGAAUUCAUGUCUGACGUCCCCAUCCGCCACUCGCGUAAGAUGCGUUCCCUGUUGCUGCGUCUCAACCGCGCCAAGACUCCAGCCCAGAGAUUGUCGCUCAUCGCAUCCAUCAGACCUGACUUCUUCAUACCUGAGUUGCCGGCAGUCGCGGAGUUCUCGUCGGGUGAGACGAUGGGCCACAGCGCGGACAGGCUGGCCGCCGCCUUCGGUGCUUCGCGCCAGGAGCAGGACGACUACGCCAUGCGCUCUCAUAAGCUCGCGCACGAAGCGCAGCAGAAGGGAUACUUCACUGAUCUCAUACCUGUUAAAGUUGAUGGUAAAGAUGGCGUUGUAGACAAGGACAACGGCAUCCGCGUGUCCACUCCGGAGCAGCUCGCCAAACUUAAACCUGCCUUCAUCAAACCGCACGGCACCGUAACCGCUGCCAAUGCUUCCUUCUUGACUGACGGUGCUUCGGCUUGUGUCAUCAUGGCAGAGGCGAAGGCCAAGGAGUUGGGCCUCAAGCCCAAAGCGUAUGUGCGGGACUUCACCUAUGUGGCCCAGGAUCCCGUGGACCAGCUGCUCCUCGGUCCCGCGUAUGGCAUCCCCAAGAUUUUAGACAAAGCUGGACUGAAGCUUUCCGAAAUUGAUACCUGGGAGAUCCAUGAGGCCUUCGCUGGUCAAAUCCUGUCAAACUUAAAAGCUCUCGACUCCGACUGGUUCGGACAGACGUACCUUGGGCGCCAAGGUAAGGUGGGCUCUCCAGACCUGGACAAGUGGAACAAGUGGGGGGGCUCACUCUCCAUCGGACAUCCCUUUGCAGCGACUGGAGUACGUCUGGCUAUGCACACAGCCCACCGUCUCGUCCGUGAAGAUGGACGGUUCGGUCUGAUCUCAGCGUGCGCAGCGGGUGGGCAGGGCGUCGCCAUGCUGUUGGAGAGGCACCCUGACGCUACUGCCAACUAA